AUGGCCGAAAUGCGCUUCACUAGUCGUCGCUCUCGAUUUCGUGGCCCGUGGUCCAUCACCAUUCUCGCCCUUGCUGUCACUGUUCUUGGCAUCACCCUGCUUUGCGCCAUCUUGAAUUCGUCCUGGACCCGUCAGCUCGACGCCAAGGGAUGCCGGAUGUCUUACAUGCGACCCACGUAUAUACGUCUACGCGACUUCGACACGGAGCAUACCCGCUUCGCGACGAAAUAUUCUCUGUAUUUAUAUCGCGAGCAAGGCGUUGACGACGAAAGAAAGUUGACAGGUGUCCCUGUUCUAUUCAUCCCAGGCAAUGCUGGAAGCUACAAACAAGUUCGUCCGAUAGCAGCAGAGGCCGCAAACUAUUUCCACGAGUCCCUACAACAUGACGAGGCUGCCGCCGCCGCUGGUGCCCGCAACCUCGACUUCUUCACCGUCGACUUCAACGAGGAUAUCACUGCAUUCCAUGGACAGACCAUGCUGGACCAGGCGGAAUACCUGAAUGAGGCGAUUCGGUAUAUCUUGUCUUUAUAUAUGGACCCGCGAAUAUCAGCUCGAGACCCGGACCUGCCAGACCCGACGUCCGUUUUGAUCCUGGGCCACUCCAUGGGCGGUAUCGUAGCGCGAACCAUGCUCAUAAUGCCCAACUACCAGUCUUAUUCGAUCAAUACCAUCAUCACCAUGUCCGCUCCGCAUUCCCGUCCUCCUGUCACUUUUGACGGACAGAUUGUAAAGAUCUACGAAGACAUCAACGAUUACUGGCGCAGAGCUUACUCGCAGAAGUGGGCCAACAAUAACCCACUGUGGCACGUUACUCUCGUCUCGAUUGCUGGAGGGGGCUUGGACACGGUAGUGCCAUCCGACUAUGCUAGCGUUGAGUCGAUAAUUCCCGAGACCCACGGCUUCACCGUCUUUACCACCGGUAUCCCCAAGGUCUGGACCAGCAUGGAUCACCAGGCGAUUCUGUGGUGUGACCAGUUUAGAAAAGUUGUGGCCCGAGCUAUGUACGACGUUGUUGAUGUCCAUAGGUCAUCGCAGACAAAACCCAGAGCCGAGAGGAUGAGAGUGUUCAAGAAAUGGCUUCUCACGGGUAUGGAGUCCAUUGCCGAGAAAACGUUGCCUUCCGAGGGCCCAUCUACGCUGCUUACACUGGAAGACAACGCAAACGAUAUCAUGGCCCAGGGCGAGCGUUUGCUUGUUCCCCCUCCAACCUGGUCAGGCCACGAACUUAUUCACCUUGAAUAUGGACCUGUCAGGAGACAGUACAGGGUCCACUCGACUGGCAUGCAAGAACGCCGCAAACGACGCCAUGUUGUUGCCCGCUUCGACUAA